AUGUCUAAGGCUGUUGGUAUUGAUUUGGGUACUACGUACUCCUGUGUUGCACACUUCGCUAAUGACCGUGUUGAGAUCUUGGCUAACGACCAAGGUAACAGAACCACUCCAUCUUUCGUUGCUUUCACUGACAGCGAGAGGUUGAUUGGUGAUGCUGCGAAGAACCAAGCUGCUAUGAACCCAUCUAACACUGUUUUCGAUGCUAAGCGUUUGAUUGGUAGAAACUUUUCUGACCAAGAAGUCCAAGGUGACAUGAAACACUUCCCUUUUAAGGUUAUUGAUGUGAGCGGUAAGCCUCAAAUUCAAGUUGAAUACAAGGGCGAAACCAAGGUUUUCACUCCAGAAGAAAUAUCCUCUAUGGUUUUGACCAAGAUGAAGGAGACCGCUGAGAGCUUCUUGGGCUGUAAGGUUAACGACGCUGUUGUUACCGUUCCAGCUUAUUUCAAUGACUCUCAAAGACAAGCUACCAAGGAUGCUGGUACCAUUGCUGGUUUGAACGUUUUGAGAAUUAUUAACGAGCCAACUGCCGCUGCCAUUGCAUACGGUUUGGACAAGAAGGACGCUGGUGAGAAAAACGUUUUGAUCUUUGACUUGGGUGGUGGUACUUUCGAUGUUUCUUUGCUAUCUAUCGAGGAUGGUAUCUUCGAGGUGAAGGCUACCGCUGGUGACACUCACUUGGGUGGUGAAGAUUUCGACAACAGAUUGGUUAACCACUUUGUCCAAGAGUUCAAGAGAAAGAACAAGAAGGACUUGACCACCAACCAAAGAGCUUUGAGAAGAUUGAGAACUGCAUGUGAAAGAGCUAAGAGAACUUUGUCCUCUUCUGCUCAAACUUCUAUCGAAAUCGACUCUCUAUUCGAAGGUAUUGAUAUGUAUACUUCCAUCACUAGAGCUAGAUUUGAGGAAUUGUGUGCUGACUUGUUCAGAUCUACUUUGGACCCAGUUGAGAAGGUUUUGAGAGACUCUAAAUUGGACAAGUCUCAAGUUCACGAGAUUGUAUUGGUCGGUGGCUCCACAAGAAUUCCAAAGGUCCAAAAGUUAGUUUCCGACUACUUCAACGGUAAAGAACCAAACAGAUCCAUCAACCCAGAUGAAGCUGUCGCGUACGGUGCUGCUGUCCAAGCCGCUAUUUUGACUGGUGACACCUCUUCAAAGACCCAAGACUUGUUGUUGUUGGAUGUUGCUCCAUUGUCCUUGGGUAUUGAAACCGCUGGUGGUGUUAUGACCAAGUUGAUUCCAAGAAACUCUACUAUCCCAACCAAGAAGUCUGAGAUCUUCUCUACAUACGCCGACAACCAACCUGGUGUCUUGAUCCAGGUCUACGAAGGUGAAAGAGCCAAGACAAAGGACAACAACUUGUUAGGUAAAUUUGACUUGACUGGUAUUCCACCAGCUCCAAGAGGUGUUCCACAAAUCGAAGUUACUUUUGACAUUGACGCCAACGGUAUCUUGAAUGUUUCUGCUGUCGAAAAGGGUACUGGUAAGUCUGAGAAGAUUACCAUCACCAACGACAAGGGUAGAUUGUCCAAGGAAGACAUAGAAAGAAUGGUCUCUGAGGCUGAGAAGUUUAAGGAAGAAGAUGAAAAGGAAGCUGCUAGAAUCGCUGCUAGAAACCAAUUGGAAUCUAUGUCUUACUCCAUCAAGAACACCUUGUCUGAUUCUGGUGACAAGCUUGAUGCUGCUGAUAAGGAGACCUUGACUAAGAAGUGUGACGAAGUCAUUGAAUGGUUAGACCACAACACUACUGCUACUGCUGAGGAGUACAACGACAAGUUAAAGGAAUUACAAGAUGUUUCCAACCCGAUCAUGACUAAGUUGUACCAACAAGGUGGUGCUCCAGGUGGUGCUGCUCCAGGCGAGUUCCCAGGUGCCGGCGCUGCUGCUGCUGAGGCCGAUGGUCCAACUGUUGAAGAAGUUGACUAA